GAUUCGCGCGGAAAGAGACCGUUCAAACUAUGGGACGGACGACGUAACGUGCGGAAGGGGUUGGUGGUCGGAAGCCUCGACGAGCUAGUACAACGGGGAAGAGACAAACUUGGGCUGUCCCUCGGCGAGCCGGUGAGGCUGGUCCUCGAGAGCGACGGCACGCAAGUUGAGGACGCCGAAUAUUUUCGGACUCUUCCCGCUAACACCAUCCUCUUGUUGCUUCGACCUGGAGAAAGAUGGCUCCCUGCAGGCGUGGAUGUCAUCAGGGCUGCGCUCUCCGCCAUCCCGAAGAUAGUGUGCGAAACCAUCCAUGCAUUAGAUCUGCACGAUGAGACUCCUUCGUGGAAGAUUAUGGACAACAAAGGGCGGGUCACCGUCGUACUGCACUGGGACCAACGCUCCGGUCCCUCACGACUAUCGUCGGAGGCCCCAUCACCGGCACCCGGUAAGUUUUCACCCAGUAAGCGACCGUCACUGGUUAUCGGGCCAGGAGGCAAAAAGGAAACCACCAUCAACGACGUGUACGUCCCCGCUCCCGCCCAAUCCCAACCGCGAUACUCCAGCCCCCAGAUCACUGUGAUAAACCACGACGAUGUCAAACCUGUUCACAGGCUAUCCAAGCAGAGUAGUUCGCUGGAAAGCGGCACGAUCCACAUACACACGCCCGAGUGCGCUCAUCACGCUCAUAUGCCUCGAGCGGGUAGUCCUCAAAGCAACGGAGCAAUUGAAUGCGACUUCCACUGUUGUGCUCUACACGAAGAGGGUCGCAAGAUUGCCGUACAUAAGUCUGUGGCGACGUCUCCGAUUCAAGAUACACAACAGACGUCACCGCAGCCACCAUCAAGACAUGUGCGUUUUUUAGACGUUGAAGGUGGCGGUCGUAGCGGGCAGUCCGAACACGAGAGCUCUGAAAGCGAAACAGAGAACACCGUGAUGGAGGACGAGGCCGUCACCUCAGAAAAGUUCCUGCUGCUAAUCGACCAGCUGAGUGUCGAUCAGAAGCGUCAUUUGACCAUCAAAGAUAUAGGGAUCAUUCUCGAAAGACUAAGUUCCAAGAUUCUGGACGUCGAACGAUUAGAUAGAGAGAGUGAAAGCGAGGACUGUUACAAUUGGACGAUAAAAGCGACGAUUCGGGGAGAUGUACUUAGAGAGUUGGGGGUCAUUUACAACGGAAAUUAUUACGCGAUCUCGGAACACCCAGGGUACAAGGAGGAGAAUGAAGGCGUCAUAGAAGAGGCUGAAGAAGAGGAAGAAGAGGAAGAUCGGCUGUGAGCUACUACUACUGCCAUUUGUCAAAAAGCACAAAGCAGAACUAGGAAUAAAUAAGCAGAUAUGCCACAUACACAACAUAUCCGAUGUGACAUGUUCGUAUCUGUACUGACUCAAUAUUGUAAUUGGUGAUUGCAGCGCGCUCGUGUUGUGUAUACCAUCAUCACAAAGACUAUCUGAACUAAGAGACAAUCGCAUCGAUACUACGAUAAGCAUCGUCAUUCAAUUUAAAAUAUAAUUUCAUGAACUAAUAAUUAAUACAUAAUCAGAUUAAAAUUGGCA